UGAAGAAGAAGAAGAAGAGGGUGAUGAAGGAGCCGAAAGGCUGAUCAGACGGCGGGCUGGAAGAGGAGAGAGUAGUCAGAUGGGUGAAGGACUUAAUGUCAAGCCGCUUGAGUGGUAUGACCAGUAUGCAUACUCCAGCGACCGGAUACAGGAAACCGAAGAAGAACGAGAUACGUUCCUUGCGAAGUUGGCAUCCAUUGAUGACCAGAAAGAAAAGGACCUUAUGCUCGAAGAAAAAUGUGCCAAAUUGCAUAGCAAAAUAUUAGCAGCAAAAAGGCAAGAAUUAGAAGAAAGGAAAAUACUACAAAUAGGAGCAAGGUUGCAGAAAGAGUUGCAAGAGCAGAAAAACAAACAAAUUGCAACCGAAGAAAAGCUUGCCUUGUUGACAGAAACGGUCCUUCAUACAAAGCAAGAGGUCGCGACUAUAAACAGAACUUUGCAAAAAGUCGAGACCAACCAAUAUGAGUUUGAAGGAAUCUGGAAUACCUUCUUGGAAAAGUUUGCCAAAGACGUCGAUCGGCAUAUAAAAUCAUACAUUGAAAAGUUAGACAACCACAUCACCCAGACCUUUACUCCAGCUGUGAUUGAGAGGAUAGUCAAAGGCAGCGGCGGAGGCGGAGGAGAUGGAGAUGGAGACGGAGAUGGGCGUGAUGACAAGAAAGGAAAGGGUGUGCAGCGAGAAGAAGGAGCAAGGCAAAUCAACAAAAUUAAAGUAAAGAUUCCAUGGACAUACACAGGGAAGAAAUACGAAAGUGUAUUGCAUUGGAUUGCAGCAGUCGAAUCCUAUGUCUACGGACAACGAAUUCCGUAUUGGGACCGAGUGUUAAUGGCAAGUUCAUGUAUGGGAGGAGAUGCCAUGAGUUUUGCAAUCUCCCUGCAAAAGGAAGCGGGUUGCAGUUCCAUGGUAGAGUAUUCCCAACAAAACCGCAUCGAAGACUUUCUCAAAGCCGUCAUAGAACGGUUUCAGGACAAGAACUUAGCCAGGAGAACUAAGAUAUUGAUAUUGAAUCUCCCAGAUAGGAAAUGGAAAAGUACUUCAGCACUUAAGGCAACUAUGGAUGAACUGCUGCAAUGUAAUGAGCAUGGACUGACCCCAACUCAAAUUCUAAAUAGUUUUGCACGCGCACUACCCAACCCCCUCAGGACUCAGUUGUAUCCCCGCACCAAGGAAGAGGGGAUGACAUACGAGAAGUUCAACAAGAUCGCAUUAGAUCAUGCGGGCUUCUUGGCUGAAGCAAACUAUUGCCAUUACAGGAAAGAUCUGCAAGCGGGAAAGAAAUGGCAAAACCGCACUAUCUCAGGGUCAAUACCUGGGAAAGACAACAUCCUUCUAACCUUUGAAAAAGCAGGUGUCGUAACACUUUCUUGGGACCAAGUAGAUUAUGGUCUUGAGGAAGGACCCAACGGUUUGGUAGCUAAGGAGGGGAGCUACGCGGCCGUUGCAGCCCGCAGGGGAGGGCGACAAGGAAGAGGACGUGGCCGAGGAAGAGGUGGUCGCGGACGUGGUGGAAGAGGACCUGGCAUCCAGAGGGGUGGUGGCGAAGGUAGCUACUACACGGGAGGAAGGGGAAAUGGUCCCUCGCAAGGUGGUCGUGGUUCCGAUUCUGCCUGGGGAAGAGGAAGCGGCACCUGGUACAACAAGUGGGAUAAGCCAUACCCACCUCAUCCAGGUGUACCCAAAGGAGAACCUUGGAAAAAGUUGGGAAUUACAGAGAAAGUUUGGCAGGAAAGGAAAGUUGUCGACCAGUGCCUUAAAUGUGGGGACCCCGACGACAUUGUCCCUUAUUGCCGUGACUAUAAGGUGGCAAAAGGGAGCAGCCUGUAGAGGUCUCAGUUGCCUCUACAGGGACUUCGGAUGUUGAAAAAAAAAAAUCCUCCCAUUCGAAGGUCCUACUGGCAGAAACUGAAGAGGUAGACAGUCCCCAUCUA